AAGCAAGUCAUGGUCUGACUAGAAGAUUAAAUCAGGGCAAGCCAAACUGCAGUAGUUACACCAAGUCAUUCUGCAAGAGCAUCCUUCAAAGAGGGAUUAUGGCUCAUGGACUGCAGAUAAGAGAUGAGGAAAGCGGCUACAACAAAAACCUGUUUUGCAUUCCUAAACAUUAUGAAGAAGAUUUAGAAAGAGUCUUCAUUCCUCAUGGACUCAUCCUGGACAGGACAGAACGUUUGGCUAGAGAUAUCAUGCAAGACAUGGGAAGUCAUCACAUUGUUGCACUCUGUGUCCUUAAAGGAGGCUAUAAAUUCUUUGCUGAUUUGCUGGACCAUAUAAAAGCAUUAAAUCAAAAUGGUGAUAAAUCAGUGCCUGUUACCGUGGAUUUUGUCAGAAUAAAAAAAAGCUACUGUAAUGAUUCACCUGCAAAAAAAAUCAGUUUUGUUGGAGAGGAACUGUCUACACUAAAGGGGAAGAAUGUGUUAGUAGUAGAGGACAUUAUUGAGACUGGUAGAACAAUGAAAGCUCUACUUUCAAAAAUAAAAGACAAGAAACCAAGGAUGGUAAAAGUUGUAAGCCUGCUUGUUAAAAGGACAUGUCAGAGUCCAGGUUACAUACCAGACUAUACAGGCUUUGAAAUUCCAGAUAAAUUUGUAGUUGGAUAUGCUCUUGACUAUAAUGAAUACUUCAGAGACUUAAAUCACAUCUGUAUUCUGAAAGAGAAUGCCAAAGAGAAAUACAGCAUGUGAUAACAUCAGUCUCCGGAGCACUAAUUCCCGGCUGCAGAUUAGGUGACAAAGAUUACACCAUGAAAUUACUUUUGCUACUUG